GUGUGUAUUUCCAGGGGGGCCUCUGCAGCGCUUGGGCUGCCCAACCGUCAUCUCUUCUCCUUGCUCUGUUGUUGGCCCACCUCCCAAUUCUGUCCGGACUUUCCUUCGUGAACCCUUUGAGACACCUUACAGCAGGCCCAUCAUCAUCGGAAACCAUCCUGGUCCUGCCGGUGCCCACCGCCGACUUCUGCAUACGGCGCUUUCUCUUCACCUGCACUCGGGAGAGGCAUUAACUCAUUGCGCAGUGAGGGGCAUAAUUUCAGAUUAAAGGGAGAAACAUCUGUUUAGACAGCUUCAACCGGGAUCUCUCCAGAGUCACCAGCCAUGGAAAGGAAAGGAGGUGCAGUGAAGGCUGCCUCGGGUUUUAAUGCAGCUGAAGAUGCCCAGAAACUGAGAAAGGCCAUGAAAGGACUUGGGACAGAUGAAGAUGCCAUCAUUGAUGUGCUUGCCUACCGUAAUGUGUCACAGCGCCAGGAGAUAAAGACAGCUUAUAAGUCAACCAUUGGCAGGGAUUUGGUCAGUGACUUGAAGUCGGAACUGAGCGGAAACUUUGAGAAAGUGAUUCUGGGUAUGAUGAUGCCCACUGUGCUGUAUGAUGUGUCUGAGCUGAAAAGGGCCAUGAAGGGUGCUGGCACAGACGAGGGUUGCUUGAUUGAAAUUUUGGCUUCCCGGACCCCACAGGAGAUCCGACGGAUCAAUGAGGUCUACCAACGGGAAUAUGGAAGAACUCUUGAAGAUGACAUUUGCUCUGAUACGUCCUUCAUGUUCCAGAGAGUACUUGUAUCUCUUUCAGCAGCUGGAAGAGAUGAAGGAAAUCACCUAAAUGAUGAACUCGUGAGACAGGAUGCCAAGGACCUGUAUGAGGCUGGCGAGCAGAAAUGGGGGACAGACGAGGUGAAAUUCCUGUCCAUUCUCUGUUCUCGGAACAGAAAUCACCUACUUCAUGUGUUUGAUGAAUAUAGGAGGAUUUCCAAGAAGGACAUUGAGCAGAGCAUUAAAUCUGAGACAUCAGGCAGCUUUGAAGAUGCUUUACUGGCAAUAGUAAAAUGCCUGAGGAAUAAAUCUGCAUAUUUUGCUGAAAGGCUCUACAAAUCAAUGAAGGGCUUAGGCACUGAUGACAAUACCCUCAUCAGAAUAAUGGUUUCCCGUUCAGAGAUUGACAUGUUGGACAUAAGAGAACACUUCAAGAGAAACUAUGGAAAGUCUCUAUAUUCUUUCAUCAAGGAUGACACAUCAGGAGAUUACAGGAAGGUUCUGCUCAUCCUCUGUGGGGGCGAUGAUUAAUAUUCAGUCUAUGCUGGAUUGAAAUGAGUUAAGAGCCGAAGAUUUGUGCUGCUUUUAUUAUUAUUAUUUGGCUUCAUUUUUCUAUAAGGCUGUUUAGAAUUCACUCAAAAGGCUUAUAUUGUCCAUUAAAAAUCCUGUAGUUAUUUCUUACUAGGAAUUACUAGCAAUUGCUCAGUGAUUUUGAUGCAUUUACAGCUCAUUUUCAUAUUUUUAAGUUUAUUAACUCAGAAAAAACUUUCAAGAGAUUUUUUUUCUCAAUGCUAUUUCCAAAGAAAUGAGAAGAUUCAAUAAAAAUAUUUUAUUGAUGAUUUUUUUGUUUUUCACAUAACCAUUCAAUAUUGUUUGAAAUUUUCCUGUUUGGUAGAUGGUUGUCCAUGCAGAAAAUUGGGGGCUUGGUAGUCUGCUUUCAUGCAGCUUUACAUAGCCUCCCACUCACAACCCUCAGCCUCAUCCCCAAAUUCUACUGCUUCGCCUCGAGAACAGCUUUUUCAUUUGAAUGUUGUGGUCUAGACAUUGGCAAGAAAAACCCCAAACAACCCACCAUUCUAUCUUUUUCACAUUACUAUAGAAAGAAAACUCCACUCUUGUUUUUAUGGAGGGGUUGUAUCUAGUAAUAACACAUCUGAGGGAGGACCUGGCAGAGUGUCUCCUGCCCGAAUCCCUGAUACUAGGGAAGGCUGAGGUUGGUGGAUCCCUUUAGCUCAGCAGUUCUCAACCUCUCAAUUUUAGCAAUGAGAAUACAUAAUGCAUGUCAGGUAUUUGCAUUCCGAAUCAUAACUGUAGCAAAAUGACAGUUUUGAAGUAGCCACCAAAAUCAUUUUUUGGUUUGGGGUCACCGCAACAUGAGGAACUGUAUUGCGGGGUCACGGCAUUCGAAAGGUUGAGAACCACUGCUUUAGCUGGAGAAUUCUGAGCUCUAGCGGUGCUAAAGCUGUUGAGGUGUCGGCACCAAGUCUGGCACCAAUGUGGGAAAUAGGAGGAGAGGUUCAAAGUAGCUUAGGUCAGAACCAGCAGGCCAAAGUUUCCCCACCAAUCCAUCUGUGGUAGAUCUGGGCCUAUGAGUGGCCACUUUUCUUCCAGCCUAAAUAAAAUAGGAAAAGAUAGAUUGGGGGCAGCUGAGUGGCUCAGUGAAUUGAGAGCCAGGCUUAGAGAUAGAAGGUCCUAGAUUCAAAUCUGGCUCAAACACUUCCUAGCUGUGUGACCCUGGGCAAGUCACUUGACCCCUAUUGCCUAGUCCUUAUUGCUCUUCUGCCUUGGAAACAAUACACACUAUUGAUUUUAAGACAGAAGGUAAGGAUUAAAAAAAAAAAAGAUAGAUUUUUUUAAAAAUCUGAGUUAUUGUGUUUGAUUUUAAAGGCGCAAUUUUGAAUGUAUUUAGUUUGGGAAACUUUUCAAUCCAGCAACAAUAAUAACACAAACAAAAAUCAUUCCACCUCCAGACUUGUACACACACACACACAAACACACGCACACACACACACACACACAAGUCUGUCUCUGAAGAUACUUUGACUAAUCUAAAUUCUGAGUGUGCUUCUGUCUAUCAUUUCAUUCUGGAAUUAGAAACAAAUGACUAAUGUUCAUCAAGAUGAUGGUUAUUUUAUGUCUUACUUGAUUCCAUGAGGAAUGAAGAUUUUUUCAGAGCCAAAAUUCUCAAUUUCUUUUUCUUGAGACAUAAAGAAAGGGUUGGGGGUAGUGGCAGUCUAGGGGACCAUCUAAUCACAGAUAUAGUCUGCCUCUUUUCCCCUUAAGGUUUGGAGAGGGAAGUGGACCUGGGAGAAAGCUCCCACAGCCAGGGAGCCAUGGGGGAGCAGUACUAUAGCAGCCCAGGAGGUGAACACAGGGACCAAAGUCUCCACUGGGAAAGAGGGGUGCUGCCUAAUUUCCCUUUUUAUGAUCUCUACUAAUCCUCUUACAUAGUGCCUUUAGACUUUAGAUCUAGUGCACAUGUCUAGCUUUGUAAUACAUUUAUGUUUUGAUAUUUUAACAUAGAAAUUGUUUUUAAAUAUAGUUUAUGGCUUUCUUAUAUACAUUUAAUAAAACAUGGUGCCUUUAUCACCAA